AUGUUAUCAUACAUCUUGGCCGCACUGGUGGCCGCACUGGUCGUUGGUGUGUGGCGAUGGCUCCGUCCAAAACCCUAUGCAGGCAUUCCGUACAAUAGGGAGUCCGCUGGCCGGAUCUUGGGCGACGUUCCUCUGCUUGCACCGCUCAUAGCCCAGACCAAUGAGUUCUCGGGCUCCAUCACCGCAACUACCACGCGUCGCCUCGGCUCACCCGUUGCCCAACUACUUUUCCCAAACAUCCGCAAGCCCUUGAUUGUUGUCGAAGAUGCUCGAGAGAUCGAGGACGUCAUCUUGCGCCGCACCAAGGAGUUCGACAAGGCACCCACGACGGUUGACAUUGUAUUGCCGCUCUUCCCUCAUGGCACCGUCAGCCAGUACACUACGCCUGAGCUCAAGGCCCAGAAGCGCCUGUGGUCGGACGGCAUGACUACAAGCUUUCUGCAAAGAGCCGCUGCGCCUAACAUCCGCACCGCAACGCUCGACCUGCUCGAACUUUGGUCACUCAAGGGCAGUGUCUAUCAAGGUCGACCGUUUGAGGUGCUCGAGGACUUUCAAAGCACAGCUCUUGAUACGAUCUGGGCAGCUGUAGUAGGAGAGCCACCUGGCAUUGUUCGUUUUGAAGUCACCAAACUGCAACAUCGCAUUGCCGGUAAGACUGGCGUUGAAGAGCUGGAGGCUCCCCGUGGCAUGUUCAUACGCGAUGCAGUCGCCUAUGUUGCCCAUGCCAUUGCCACAAACUCCAACUCGCCGAUACCUGCCUGGGCGAGUAAGUUGGAGACUUGGUUGCCGCGCUUUCGCCGCUUCCGCGCCACCAUGAGUCGGGAGGUUGGCCAAGCCGUGGCCAACUCUGUCGACCGAUACAAACGCCUUGGGCAGGGCAUGCUCGACAACGACGAGUGUGACACGUGCAUGAUGGAUCUCGUCCUCAGGCGGCAAAUUGCCCAGGCCGAGAAAGACCAACAGCCCAUGUUGGAUCCAACCAAGGACCAGCGUUUGCAGGACGAAAUGUUGACCAUGCUUGUCGGGGGCUAUGACUCAACAGCCGACGCCUUAUCCUGGUUCGUGCGCUUUAUGGAAACGUACCCAAGCGUUCAAACCGAACUCCGCUCCGCCCUUCGAUCCGCCUUUCCUGACACAAAACAGCCUUCCGUCCAGUCCAUGCUCGCAGCAGACAUACCCUACCUCGAUGCUGUAUGCGAAGAGUGUCUGCGCCUGGGAGGCAUCGUCAAGGCCACUAUGCGCCAGGCUCUUGUCGACACCGAGAUCCUAGGUUUUCCCAUCCCCAAGGGUGCAGAAUUGUUCUUGAACUACCAUAUCAACCUUCCCCCCAUUCCCGUGUCCGAAUCCCAGCGGUCACGGGGUAGCCGAGCUGCAGUAGAAAAGAUGGGGGAUGGAUUGAACGAGAGGGCUGGCCAAAAUCUCGAUGUUUUUGAACCUAGGAGGUGGCUCGUCAAGGAUGAGAAGACGGGCAACGACAAGUUCAACCCAUUUGCUAUUCCGGCCCUACCGUUCGGUGGUGGGCCGAGAGGGUGUUUUGGUCGCAAACUUGCCGUCUUGGAGCUCCGUAUGGUCGUUCAGCUUCUCAUUUUGAAUGUUGAAUUUCUUGAGCUGCCUGCCGAGUGCAAGGGGCAUGGAGCUGUGGAGAAAAUCUUCCGAGGCCCAGACAAGUCGUUUGUCAGGAUUAAAGUAUUGUAG